CUUACUCUCAUAACCUGGCAACCAUGAUGCUCACUCAGGGUCGUGCUUUCGCUGCUCAGCGGCCUGCUGUGCAGCAGCGCCGUAUGGCGGUCCGCGCCAACGUUGCGCGGGUUCCCCAGGUUAACGCUGCUGCUGUUGAGGCCAAGCCCGACUGGGCGGGCCUUGCUGCGGAGAUGGACAACAAGUCUCCCCUCGAGAUUAUGGACCACGCCCUGAAGACCUUCGGCAAUGAUGUCGCCAUCGCCUUCUCGGGUGCUGAGGACGUGGCUCUGAUUGAGUACGCCCACCUGACUGGCCGCCCCUACCGUGUAUUCAGCCUGGACACCGGCCGCCUGAACGCGGAGACCUACCAGCUGUUUGACGCCGUGGAGAAGCACUACAAGAUCCGCAUCGAGUACACCUUCCCCGAGGCACAGGAGGUGAUGGACCUGGUCCGUGCCAAGGGCCUGUACUCCUUCUACGAGGACGGCCACACCGAGUGCUGCCGCAUCCGCAAGGUCAAGCCCCUGCGCAAGCAGCUGAAGGUGUACAAGGCCUGGAUCACUGGCCAGCGCAAGGACCAGUCGCCCGGCACCCGCACUGAGGUGCCCGUCGUCCAGGUGGACCCCGUGUUCGAGGGUGUGACUGGCGGCCCCGGCUCCCUGAUCAAGUACAACCCCCUGUCCAACAUGACCUCGGCGGAGGUGUGGAACUUCCUGCGCGUCAUGAACGUGCCCACCAACAAGCUGCACAACUGCGGCUACAUCUCCAUUGGCUGCGAGCCCUGCACCCGCCCGGUGCUGCCCAACCAAGCCGAGCGCGAGGGCCGCUGGUGGUGGGAGGACGCCGCCGCCAAGGAGUGCGGCCUGCACAGCGGCAACAUCAAGAAGGCCGACGGCACCACCGAGGAGCGCAAGGCGGAGCGCGACCUGUGGCCCGCGGGCAGCGCCGUGGCGACCCUGAGCAAGGACGAGGUCCGCGCCCUGGCCGCCGGCGAGCGCUCGCAGGGCACCCUGGCCGUGCUGUACGCCCCCUGGUGCCCCUUCUGCCAGGCCAUGGAGGCCAACUUCGAGGAGCUGGCCAAGCACAUGACCGGCCACAAGGUGCGCGUGGCCAAGUACCAGGCCGACAUCGACCGCGAGUUCUGCAACGAGAACCUACAGCUCAAGACCUUCCCCACCAUCGUCUACCUGCCGCCCAACAGCAAGCAGGUGAUCAAGUACCCCAGCGAGCGCCGCGACGUGGAUACCCUGUCCAUGUGGGUCAAGACCGUGGCUGGCCAGUAAGCGUCUCUUUGCGUGGAGAGGCAUGCAUCAGGCCAGGCGCUGGUGAUGGAGGUUGCCAGGGAGCGGCUGGAUGUGUUGUGUGAAGCGGCGGGUUGGAGUGACAGUGGCAGGAGUGGAGCCGUCGUGGGAUGUCGGCAUGGAGGGUUGGCAAAAUAGCGCUGGUAGAAUAAUUUCUCAGCUGCGAUUCGGGACUCGAAACAGUUAUUCGGCUGGUCUAUCGUGUGUGCGCCGACGUGAGCGCAGGGGCCAGGUUGAAUGCAGUGUGGCUUGGUUGUGUUCUACUACAUGCUGUGUGAGUGAUGCUGCGAGCGAGUGGAUGAGCGACAGAGGGCAGAGUGAUUCGUGUGCAGCUCUUGUGCUAAAGGUAGGCUCUGUAAGUGGUGGGACAUCCACUACAGGGACCGGUUGCAUACCGAGGGCGGAUCCAAGUAAUAAUGUAACGCCCAAAGAUC